UCUGUCCACGUUCAUACCUUGUUUUAAGUUUGAGCAUGAUUCCUAACUAGUUGUUGAAACUGAGUUUAAGAAUACACCCAAACAACAAAUAACAGGUUUCGUCCAUUAAUCUUAAGAUAUCCACUAUUAUCCAGUGAAGGUGAUUUGAUCACAACCAUUCCUCCACGGCAACCAGCACCAGCAGUGCAUUUAUUAUAGUUAGUUGUCUUGUCUCCUUCCUAAAGAAAAAAGAAAGAAAGAAAAGUGAGCAUGUGUAAGGUUUUAUGGGCGAGCAUACCUCCACGUAUCAGUAUUAUAUGUAAAUCGCCUCUAAGGUGAGACCUAUGUUUCUGGAAUUCGUUUCUGAGAUUGAGCAGCAGAUUCAUCCAAUUUUCAGUGCUUUUAAUCCCCACAGUCAUGGUUUUAGUCCUGCAUACCCUCUUCAUGGCCACUACACGAGCACCUUUCCUGGUUAAGAAUUUGAGCUUAAGCACAAACUCGAUCUACAUCAGCAGCAGAAGCAGAGCUUCUUUCUUCUGUAGUAGCAGCACUAGUAGUGAUUCUGGAAUUUCCAUGGUACAGGGAGCUUCCAGAGGAAUUGGACUUGAAUUUGUUAGGCAACUACUGGAGAAACAAGAGAAAGGACAUGUGGUUGCAACUUGUCGGAAUCCUGAUGGGGCCACAAGCCUUCUGGAAUUGAAAAACAAGUUCCCAGAGCGCCUAAACAUACUACAGUUGGAUGUUACAGAUGAGAGCACCAUCGAGGCUUCAGCAAAAUCUGUACAAGAAAGAUACGGUUCAUUAAACCUCCUCAUAAAUACGACUGGUGUUCUUUCUGUCCCCAAUGUAUUGCAACCAGAAACAACGUUGAGCAAAGUAGAGAAGGCAUCUUUACUACUAGCCUACGAGGUCAAUGCAGUAGGCCCCAUCUUAGUGAUUAAGCAUAUGUGGCCCCUUUUAAAGAAGGGAGGAGGAUCUGGGACUGAACGGGAUGUUGCUGUUGUGGCAAGCUUAAGUGCUAGAGUGGGUUCUAUAGGUGACAACCGCUUAGGAGGAUGGCAUUCAUACCGAGCUUCGAAGACUGCACUUAACCAGUUGACGAAGACUGUAUCGGUGGAAUUUGGGCGCAAGAAAGAUCCGAUAGCUUGCAUCUUGUUACAUCCUGGCACAGUGGAUACAGAUCUGUCGAAGCCGUUUCAGAGAAAUGUUGCUGAAGGAAAGUUGUUCACCAAGGAAUUCUCUGUUCAGAAGCUCUUAGGCAUCAUCAAUAGUGUGAAACCCUCUGACAAUGGUAAAUUCUUUGCUUGGGAUGGUCAGGAAAUUCCUUGGUAAUUCAACAUUAUUAUUUUUUUCGUUAGAUUUGAAUUAUUUGUAUUACUACUAUUGAGUAGUAUAGCAAGCAUCACAUUUGAUGCCCAACCAGUCUAACCUUCAAUAAGCUGUUGUUUUCUUAUAUGGCUGUGUAAUAUGGAUCCUGAGCUCCUAGGUGAAAUUGUAACUUCUUUAAUGUUGUUACCUGUGAAUGACUGAUUGUGACCACUGGUUCAUAUAUACAUUGUAUUUGUAUGGCACCAACCAUAAAUUCUCCUU